AUGAGGUUCUCCAAUAUCAUCGCCCUUGCCUUCAUGGCCGUUGUUCAGGCAGCCGAAGUCAGCACCAUAUCGACUACCGAGACCAGCACAAAGACCAGUCUGGCCAGUCCGACCCUCCCAAAGCCUACCGAGACUUCUAAGCACGUCUCCAGUGAGAUUGCCAAGAUUACGAGCAAAGUAGCCAGUGAGAUUUCAAGCCUCAGCAGCGUUCUCGCCACGGCCACAGGCUCCGCAAAGAGCAGCGCUUCCAAGGCUCUCUCCAAAGCCACUGAGAGUGCCUCCAAGUCUACGAGUGAAGCUGCCGCCAAGACGAGCACCGGAGGCGCCUGGAAUCCGGCUCCUACCGCCGCCGCUGCGAUUGGCGCACUCAUGGGUGGUGCUGCUCUGCUUGUCAAUGUAUAA